UAUCCCAGUGGAAUCGGAGUUUAGCGACUCUCGGUGGCUAUGCAGACCUGCUUCUCGGGGUGGAGAGAAAAGUAGGGUCUUUAGAAGAAAGAGGAUUUGUUAUCUACAUAGAGUAUUUAUUUUUCGUUUUUUUAUUGUUUUAUAGAAAAGUUGCAAGAAGACCUGCAUUAAGUUGAUGAAGUCCCCGCCGGGCGCGUGGGGCGAAGAAACGAGAGGCCUUGCAUAAGUAGAAAGUUUAAAAAGUGCACGAAAUAAAGUCACCCAGUGGCACGAAGUGAAAGACUUUGGUUUUCCUUUUCCCAGCGUGUGAAGCUUGUGCUGGGCAGGGGGAAAAUGGGGACGAGGAUAGUUCUGCACAGCGUCACGGGACUUCUCAUCUCUUUCAUUUUAACCUCUCAUCUGAUUAAUGUGACUCAGGGCUCCAAGGUGUGGGGCGAAGUGGCGCUUCCGGAGGACCUGGAGGCCGAGAGGGCUGGUGCGCGUUACCCAGCCGAGACGGACGAUGAGGAUUUUGCCGCAGAUGAAGCCUCGGGAGAUCAUCCCAGCGGAGAGGAGGACGGGAGCACGCCAGAGCCUACGACAGUCGGCAAAGCAGGCUCUCUGUCCACAAUGUACUACCGUGCUCUGGUCAACUUCACCGACUCCUUUGUGUACAGUCCAGACCUGGAGAACAUCUACUCCGACGCUUUUCUGGAAAUCUCAGAUGCUGUCGUGGAUACGCUGGAGUCAGAAUACAACAGAAUCACAGGAGUCCAGACAGUCAGUGUGGUUAUAAUCAGAAAGAUUGGCGAGAAUGUGUUUGUGGAGCUGGAUGUGGCGUCGGACUAUAACUCCAAUGAUGAGCAGAUCCGCAGCGUGCUGUACUCUGUGGUGAUGGAGGGCUCCAUCGCCUCCUACGUCACCUCUGUGGAGGGCUUCGAGUUCCGCCGCUUGGGAGAAGCCCACUUGCCUCCGGCAGCGAAGCCCAUCUCUUUCCCAGUGGUGCCCAGCACCCGGCCCUGCCUGCACAGUGAGUUCACCUGCCAUGAUGGUGGCUGCAUCCCGCAGGAGUACUACUGCGACAAGAGGCCAGACUGCCUGGACAUGAGCGAUGAGCUGGACUGUGAACCACCAAUUGAAUCAGAUGUUCCUCCCACUCCUCCCAAAGUCCUCCCCGAAAGGGAGCCACCCCGGCCACCUGUGGGCGGGCCCUGCCAGGCGGGCCAGGCCACCUGUCAGAACGGAGAGUGCAUCCCUCGAGACUACCUGUGCGACGGGGAGAGGGACUGCACCGAUGGCAGUGAUGAACUCAAGUGUGGAACCCCAUCUCCCUGUGAGCCCAAUGAGUUUAAGUGUCAGAACGGUCGCUGCGCCCUCAAGCUCUGGCGCUGCGAUGGAGACAAUGACUGUGGAGACAACUCGGAUGAGAGCUACUGCCCAACCAAAGGCCCUGGGGACACCUGCGCCCCUGAGCAGUUUAUGUGUGUGAUGGACCGCACCUGCAUACCUGCCAGCUACCAGUGCGAUGAGGAGUCCGACUGCCCUGACCGCUCCGAUGAGUACGACUGCUCACCCCCGUUGGUGACCAGUCCCCCAGAGGAGUCCGUGAAGGCACAGCGGGGGCAGACUGUGACCUUCACCUGCACGGCCGUGGGGGUGCCUACUCCCAUUAUCACCUGGAGGCUUAACUGGGGCCACAUUCCAACCAGCAGCAGGAUCACAGUGACCAAUAAUAAUGGGCGUGGGACUCUGACUAUCCGGGAUGUGAAAGAGGGCGAUCAGGGAGCGUACACCUGCGAGGCCAUCAACGCCAAGGGCAUGGUUUUUGCUGUCCCAGACGGCGUACUGAGCCUCACACAGAAUACAGGCAACUGUCCGAGUGGGCACUUCAGUGUGGCAGGAAGCUCUCGCUGCAUCCCCUGCUUCUGUUUUGGCAUCACCAAAAACUGCCAGAAUACCGGCCGCUACCGCAAUCAGAUCCACCUGCGCUUCACCGACGAGGACGACUUCAAAGGAGUGAACGUGUCAUACCCGUCCCGGCCUGGCACUCCUCCGCUGUCCUCCACCCAGCUCCUGAUCAAUCCCGAAACAGAGGAGUUCCAGCUGGUGGACCUGUCUCGCCGCUUCCUCAUCCUGGACUCCUACUGGACCCUACCUCGCCAGUUCCUGGGGAACAAGAUUGACUCCUAUGGGGGUUCGCUCAAGUACAAAGUGCGCUUUAUUCUGGCCCGGGGAGAGACUGAGCCACAGGAGAAGCCGGACGUGGUUCUGGUGGGGAACGGACAGAGACUCAUCUAUCGCCGAGGCAACCCCACGCCCCCUAGUGCCAUUAACCAGAAGGAGGUCAAGUUCACCGAGGAAAACUGGCAGCACUCGUCCGGCCGGGCAGUGACCCGGGAGGACCUGAUGAUGACUCUGGUCAAUCUCGAGAGCAUCAAUAUUCGCACCAUCUACGACAACCGCAUGGUGAGCGUUGCCCUCAGCGACAUCGUCAUGGACACGGCCACCGUGGAGUACAGCCUGCAGGGCCCUGCCCAGAAGGUGGAGGAGUGCAGGUGUCCCCCCGGCUACUCGGGCCUGUCCUGUGAGAUCUGUACGGCCGGGUUCGACCGAGUCUCCGGUGGCUCCUUCCUGGGGACCUGCGCCGGCUGCAACUGCAACGGCCACGCCAGUGACUGUGACCCCAUCAGCGGCCACUGCCUGAGCUGCCAGCACAACACAGAGGGCGCGCAGUGUGACAAGUGUCGGCCGGGCUACUUCGGAGAUCCCCGACGAGGCCGACCUGAUGACUGCAAGCCCUGUCCCUGCCCGUACACUGAGACGUCUCGCAGAUUCUCAGACACCUGCUUCCUGGACCAUGACAACCAGGCCACAUGUGACGCGUGCAGGCCUGGCUACACAGGAAGGCGUUGUGAACGGUGUGCUCCAGGUUACCAGGGCAACCCCCUUCAACCCAACGGGAAGUGUGUUCCAAGUUCAAGCUCCAAGUGUGACAACCGAGGAACAGUGAACUUCAACAGCAGGCCCUGUUCAUGCAAGCCAAACGUGGUGGGGGCACUGUGCGACGAGUGUAAGAUCGGCUCCUUCCACCUGAGCGAGGCCAACCCCGAUGGCUGCCUGCAGUGCUUCUGCAUGGGCGUGACCAAGCAGUGUGCCAGCUCCUCCUGGAGCCGCGACCAGGUACGUGGCGGGGUCAACGGACAGCUCUUCACUCUGUCCAACGGGGCCAACACCCGCUCCAUCACCCAGGGAAUUCUCCAGAAGAGCAGCUCCGAGGUGGCGUUCCGCUCCUUCGCUGACAUUCCAACCGACAUCUACUACUGGGUCCUGCCGGAGAGUUUCCGUGGAGACAAGGUGACGGCCUACGGCGGAGAGCUGCGCUAUACCGUGCGCUACGAGCCCCGCUCCCGCUCGCUGGUGAUCGACGGCCAGCCAGACGUGGUCCUCCAGGGCAACGGGAUCUUCCUGGAACACUUCUCCAAAACCAAGCCCCUCCCCCGCGUCCCGGCCACCAUCACCGUGCCCUUCAGGGAGGGGAUGUGGAGGCGCGCGGAUGGGCAGCCCUGCACCCGAGAGCACCUUCUCAUGGCCCUGGCCGACACCUCUGUGUUCAUGAUCCGAGCCACCUACGCCGACAACAUGGCGGAGAGCAGUAUGUCGGACGUCCGAAUGGACAUUGCCGUCCCCCACUCUACCGGCAAUGAACGUGCUCUGGAGGUGGAGGAGUGUGCCUGCCCCCAGGGGUACAGGGGUCCCUCAUGUCAGGAAUGUGAUGUGGGGUACAGCCGAACAGGAUCGGGGCUAUACCUGGGCACCUGUGAGAGAUGUGACUGCUACGGGCAUGCCAGUAGCUGUGAUGCUGACACCGGAGACUGCCUGCAAUGCCAGCACAACACCAUCGGCCCGCGCUGUGACCGCUGCACACAUGGUUACUACGGCAACCCCAAGAGUGGCAGUCCAGCAGCCUGUCAGCCUUGCCCCUGCCCAGGCACCUCCUCUGGCAACCAGUACUCACGGACCUGCCACCUGGCAUCUGAUGGCCAGCCUACCUGUGACAACUGCCCUGCAGGUCACACUGGCCGGCGCUGUGAGAGAUGUACGGCUGGAUACACAGGCAACCCACAGCUUGGACAAGCAUGUACCCUUGGGACCAAUGAAGUCAAUGGGAACUGCCACAGCUGUGACAGGAGAGGUACCGAGCGGUGUGAGGGCGGCGGAAUCUGCCGCUGCAAGACCCAUGUGGUGGGGCCUGCGUGCAGCAGCUGCAAGCCGGGUCAUUUCCACCUGAGCUCCGAUCACGAUGACGGCUGCCUGGCCUGCUUCUGCAUGGGAGUCACCCAGCAGUGCACCAGCUCCAACUACUACAGAGACACGGUGUCCUCCGUUUUCUCCCCGGGAAACUUCCAGGACAUGGCGCUGGUGAACCGGCAGCGCACCAACCGCAUCACCACCGGCUUCACUGUGGAAGUGUCCUCUGACGGCGGCACCCAGCUCUCCUUCAGCAACUUUGGCAACCUGGACCAGGAAGCCCAUUACUGGCAACUGCCUGACGCCUUCAAAGGAGACAAGAGGGAAGCUUUCUAUGCUCGUAUGAGGCGAGAGCACAAGAAAGACUCCCCGUGGACAGAGGAGCAACUGAGGAAGGACGCCUCCGUUUGGAAGUUAAUGGAUUCCACUGGGAAUGGAAACUCCAGGUCCAAACGAGCCGCCAAGUCCUCCGCUGAAAUUCAGAAGCUCGACGAUGAAAUCUGGGCCCUCAUUUCCAACUUCUCCAAAGAGCCCUCCCCUCCCAGCACCCAUCCAAUCCCUUUCUCCGUGUCCUCCGCCCUUCUCCCUCCUCCAUCCAGCCUCUCCUCCUCCUCCUCCUCUGCCCACUCCGCAGGGUCUUACUCACACGUCCCUGGCUACUCAACUCGGCACCAGAGACCCCAGACCAGGCCUCAGGCUCAGCAGGGCCCAAACGUAGUGAGUCUGCGUGGCGCCAGACCUGGCUCCGGCGGAAAGUACGCUUUGGUCUACAAAGGUUUCAGCUUGCACCCGGAGGACGUCCUGUUCUGGCAGCUCCCACCCAAGUUCAGAGGGGAUAAGGUGGGCUCCUAUGGCGGGACUCUGAGAUACACCAUCUCCUACGUGGCUGGCCAGAGGGGAACGGGCAUCGAAGACGCUGAUGUCCAGCUGAUCGGUAACGACAUCACCCUGGUUUCUCACCAGACGUGGCAUAGGGGGCAGGGGGCUCGAGAAUCGCGUCAGUUUGAUGUGGCUUUCAAAGAGGAACACUGGCGGCGUCCGGACGGGAUGCCGACCACUCGAGAGCACCUGAUGAUGGUCCUGGCUGACCUGGACGACGUGCUCAUCCGGGCCUCCUCCUACACCGACAUGCUCUCAGCCAGCAUCUCCGACAUCCGCAUGGAGGUGGCCGUGCCCAACUACAGCGGGCUGGCCCAGGCGCUGGAGGUGGAGCAGUGCCGCUGCCCGCCCGGGUACCAGGGCUUGUCCUGCCAGGAUUGCGCCCCAGGGUACAGCCGCAAUGGAGGGGGUCUGUACCUGGGCCACUGUGAGCUGUGUGAGUGUAACGGUCACUCGGAUUCCUGCCACCCUGAGACUGGAGUCUGCACGAACUGCCUCCACAACACCAUGGGAGAGCUGUGUGAGCAGUGCGCCGCUGGCUAUUUUGGGGACCCCACCGCUGGGACCCCCGAGGACUGCCAGCCCUGCGCCUGUCCACACAUGGAUCCCGACUACCAGUUCUCUCCGACCUGUGAGAGCACCGGAAAUGGAGGGUACCAUUGCACUGCCUGCCAGCCUGGCUAUACUGGCCAGUACUGCGAACGCUGUGCUCCGGGGUAUGAGGGAGACCCCCAGAGGAGGGACAGGUGCCGCCCGUACGACAAUGCAGCCUCCCUGGUGGUGAGGGUGCACCCCGACCGGAUUCAAGUGUCCCAGGGCAGCCCCGUAACCCUCAGAUGCCAGGGCACCGGUUCCCCGCCCCACUACUUCUACUGGUCCCGCGAGGACAGACGGCCAGUGUCCAGCCGAGCUGAGAGACGCAGACACGGAGAGGAGUUGUAUUUCCCCUCCAUCGAGGCCAGUGAUGCGGGCGUGUACAUCUGCACCUGCCGAGACGUGCGCAGCAGCAAUACAAGCCGCGCCGAGAUCGUCGUCACCACGGUUUCGAAUCCCAUUGAGGUCACCGUCGAGGAACCCAAAACGCAGAGCGUGACUGUGGGAUCCGCGGUCAGCUUCAUCUGCACCGCUAAGAGCCAGUCGCCUGCAUACACCCUUGUCUGGACCCGAAAAGGCAACAGAAAACUGCCCCACCGGGCCACGGACUUCAACGGGAUCCUCACCAUCCAGAACGUUCAUCCGGAGGACGCAGGGAUCUACGUCUGCACGGGCUCCAACAUGUUUGCCAUGGAUGAGGGCACUGCCGUACUAUAUGUCCCAGAGGCCUCACAGACUCAGAUGUUUUACACAGCCUAUGAAAUGUUUGAAGGACAUAGAACGCCUUCUGAGGGGUCACAGGCCGUGGCCACCGUGCACCCGCCCGUGCUGACCGUCCAGCAGGGCCAGAGAGCGGAGUUCCGCUGCACCACCACUGGAAGCCCGGCGCCAGCCAUUGAGUGGAUAGGCGGUCAAGGCAACCGGAUCUCCCCACACGCCAUCAUCCGCGGAGGGGUGCUCACCAUCCCUGCGGUCGAGCGGUCGGACGAGGGCGAGUACAUCUGCAAAGCGCUGAACACUCACGGGGAGCACUCUGCUCGAGCCGUGCUCUACGUCCACAGUGCCAGUCUGCCCCACGUGCAAGUGAGCCCCCAGCGGGUGGAGAUCCAUGAGGGGGAGACGCUCAGGCUCUACUGCCGGGCUGGAGGCACCCCCAGUCCUGGCCUCACCUGGAAGAAGAGAGGAGGUCAACUUCCCCCUCAGGCCAUUCCUUCUCACGGUUUCCAUCAGUUUAAAACCAACAGCCUUGAUGUGUUACAGAGACGCAUUGAGGAGCUGCAGGCCCGCAUGGAGCGCACCGACAUCGGCACCCUCCUCAUCUCCAACAUCCGGGCUGCCGACGCGGGGACCUACCUGUGUGUGGGCACCAACUCCAUCGGCUCCUCCGAGGCGCCCAUCGAGGUGUCCGUCGCCAGAGCGGAACCCAUCUCCUCUGUAGUCACCAUCCAGCCACCUUUCGCCACUGUUGAGGAAGGACAGACGCUGGACCUUAACUGUGUUGUCCCAGGAAGCCCCCCAAACUCUGUUACCUGGAUACGAGUGGGGGGACACCUUUCCUCCAAUCACCAGGUUUUGGGGACCCAGCUCCGGAUCCUGCGGGCAUCUCCGGAUGACUCUGGAGAGUACAUCUGCAGGGUGGCGGGUGGACCCAGAGUUCGGCAGGCAUCUGUGACCGUCUCUGUGACUCCCAGCUCCUCCUCGAAGACAGUUUCCUCUGCAGUCACCAUCCAGCCGGCCUACGCCACUGUUGAAGAAGGACAGACGCUGGACCUCAGCUGUGUCGUCCCAGGACGCCCUCCGAUCUCUGUCACCUGGAUACGCGUGGGCAGACGGCUUUCCUCCAAUCACCAGGUUUUGGGGACCCAGCUCCGGAUCCUGCGGGCAUCUCCGGAUGACUCUGGAGAGUACAUCUGCAGGGUAGCGGGUGGACCCAGAGUUCGGCAGGCGUCUGUGACCGUCUCUGUGACUUCCAGCUCCUCCGUGGAGCCCAUUUCCACUGCAGUCAGCAUCGAGCCGCACUUCGCCACUGUUGAGGAAGGACAGACGCUAGACCUUGAAUGUCUCGUCCCAGGAAGCCCCCCAAACUCUGUCACCUGGAUACGGGUGGGCAGACGGCUUUCCUCCAAUCACCAGGUAUUGGGGACCCAGCUCCGGAUCCUGCGGGCAUCUCCGGAUGACUCUGGAGAGUACAUUUGCAGGGUGGAAGGUGGACCCAGAGUUCGGCAGGCAUCUGUGACCGUCUCUGUGACUCCCCACUCCUCUUUGGAGCCCAUUUCCACUGCAGUCAGCAUCGAGCCACCCUUCGCCACUGUUGAGGAAGGACAGACGCUAGACCUUGAAUGUCUCGUCCCAGGAAGCCCCCCAAACUCUGUCACCUGGAUACGGGGGGGCAGACAGCUUUCCUCCAAUCACCAGGUUUUGGGGACCCAGCUCCGGAUCCUGCGGGUAUCUCCAGAUGACUCUGGGGAGUACAUCUGCAUGGUGGAGGGUGGACCCACAGUUCGGCAGGCGUCUGUGAUGGUCAUUGUGACUCCCAGCUCCUCCUUGGAACCCAUCUCCUCUGUAGUCACCAUUGAUCCACCCUACGCCACUGUUGAAGAAGGACAGACGCUGGACCUUAACUGUGUCGUCCCAGGACGCCCUCCAAUCUCUGUCACCUGGAUACGCGUGGGCAGACACCUUUCCUCCAAUCACCAGGUUUUGGGGACCCAGCUCCGGAUCCUGCGGGCAUCUCAGGAUGACUCUGGAGAGUACAUCUGCAGGGUGGAGGGAGGACCCACAGUUCGGCAGGCAUCUGUGACCGUCUCUGUCAGUCCCAGCUCCUCCUUGGAACCCAUCUCCUCUGUAGUCACCAUUGAUCCACCCUACGCCACUGUUGAAGAAGGACAGACGCUGGACCUUCACUGUGUCGUCCCAGGACGCCCUCCAAUCUCUGUCACCUGGAUGCGGGUGGGCAGACACCUUUCCUCCAAUCACCAGGUUUUGGGGACCCAGCUCCGGAUCCUGCGGGCAUCUCAGGAUGACUCUGGAGAGUACAUCUGCAGGGUGGAGGGCGGACCCACAGUUCGGCAGGCAUCUGUGACCGUCUCUGUCAGUCCCAGCUCCUCCUUGGAACCCAUCUCCUCUAUAGUCACCAUUGAUCCACCCUACGCCACUGUUGAAGAAGGACAGACGCUGGACCUUCACUGUGUCGUCCCAGGACGCCCUCCAAUCUCUGUCACCUGGAUGCGGGUGGGCAGACACCUUUCCUCCAAUCACCAGGUUUUGGGGACCCAGCUCCGGAUCCUGCGGACAUCUCAGGAUGACUCUGGAGAGUACAUCUGCAGGGUGGAGGGUGGACCCAGAAUUCGGCAGGCGUCCGUGACCGUCUCUGUCACUCCCAGCUCCUCCUCGGAACCCAUCUCCUCAGCAGUCACCAUUGAGCCGUCCAUCGCUAGUGUACAGGAAGGACAACCGCUGGACCUUACCUGUGUCGUCCCUGGAAGCCCCCCAAUCUCUGUCACCUGGAUACGGGUGGGCAGACACCUUUCCUCCAAUCACCAGGUUGUGGGGACCCAGCUCCGCAUCCUGCAGGCCUCCGAGGAUGACUCUGGAGAGUACAUCUGCAGGGUGGAGGACGGACCCAUGGCUCGACAAGCGUCUGUGAUCGUCUCUGUGACUGCCAGCUCCUCCCGCCCGCAGACGCCCAUCAUCUCCAUUGAGCCCCACACGGCCGCGGUGCGCCAGGGAGAGACCGCCAGCUUCCGCUGCCGCAUCCACACGGGCGCCCAGCCCGUUCGCCUGGAGUGGAAGCUCUCCAACAACCGGGAUCUGGCAGACAACGUAAGGGUCAGCCCGGAUGGCGCUGUUAUCACUAUCUCCAAUGUUCAAUCCAGCGACCAGGGAACCUACCGCUGCGUGGCCAGCAACGUGUUUGGGAUAACGCAGAGCAUCGUCUCGCUAACAGUGAGAGAAUCCCCGAAAGCAGUGGUGACCCCUCAGGGCCUGGUGCGGGUGAGGGUGGGUGAACCCAUCAACCUGGAGUGCCAGGGGUCAGGAGAGCCACGCCCGACCGUCAGCUGGCACCGGCUGGACAGCGGCCGGAGGACCAUGCUGACGAGCCCCGUGCCCAUGGACUCCAACGCUGUGAUGCAGGUCUUGGCUGCUCGGCCGGAGGACAGCGGGACCUACAUCUGCACGGUGCAGAACAUGGAGGGCACCUCGGAUGUGAGGGUGGAGGUGAGGGUGGAGGGCGGUGAACAGGUGCCCACCGCCCCCCGGGCCUCUGUGGCUGAACCCCUGCUGGUGGUGGAGGAGGGUCAGACUGUCACCCUGCGCUGCCAGGCCCACGGCACCCCCACUCCGACCAUCACAUGGUCCAAGCUCCGCUCCCCCCUCCCCUGGAGACACAGAGUGGUUAAUGACAGUCUGAUUCUGCCCGGCGUGGGGCGCCAGGACUCCGGCCAGUACAUCUGCAACGCCACAAACAGCCUGGGGACCUCUGAGGUCACCGUCAUGCUGGACGUGGAGACCCCACCUUACGCCACCUCCCUCCCCGACGACCUGGCGGUGCGGGUGGGUGAGGUAAUCCGGCUGCAGUGCCUGUCGCACGGGACGCCGCCCCUGCGUUUCGAGUGGACCAAGGUCAACGGCUCCCUGCCCGGCAGGGCCGAGGUGGACAACGGCAACCUCCAGAUCAACCUGGCCACGGUGUCAGACGCCGGCACUUACAAGUGCACGGUCUCCAACAAAGUGGGCUCCAGUGAAUCGCUGGCCAAGGUCGCCGUGAGAUCACCGCUGUCGGUGCGCGUGUGGCCCCAGGUGGAGGUGAAGGCCGUGGGCAGCGCCGUUGAGUUCACCUGCUCGGCUGCCGGUGGCAUACAGACCGCCGUCGAGUGGCUAAAGGAGGGAGGCCCCAUGCCCGUCAACCACCACAUCAAGGACGGGGUGCUGAGAAUCGAGAACCUGGAGCAGAGCAACGAGGGAAUGUACAUCUGCAGGGCCACCGGGGUGUAUGGCCAGGCUCAGGACACUGCCAAGCUCACCAUACAAGCCUUGCCGAAAGUCAUGAUCAACGUUCGCACCUCGGUGCAAACGGUCAUGAUUGGCAACGCGGUGGAGUUUGAGUGCCAGGCCAUCGGUGACCCCCAGCCCUCGGUGAGGUGGAGCAAGGUUGGGGGCGAGCUGCCCGCCCACGUGGUGGUGCGGGGGGGCAUGCUGAAGAUCGAGCAGGUGACGGAGGCCGACGCGGGCCAGUACCGCUGCACCGCCACCAACAAUGUGGGCUCUGUGCAGUCGGAGGUGGUCCUCAACGUCCAGUCCCUGCCCCAGAUCACAGCCCCUCCAGAGGUGAAGGAGGUGAACCUGGGUUCUGCUGCGGUCUUCCCCUGUCUGGCUACUGGUUACCCCGUCCCAGAGAUCAAAUGGUCAAAGCUGGACGGAGAACUGGGCCCCACAGCCGUGCAGGAGGGCCACGUGCUGACCAUUCCCUCGGUGAAGCAGGAGGACAGCGGCACAUACGUGUGCUCUGCGUCCAACAAGCAGGGCACAGUGCAGGCCUUCACCAAGCUCAGUGUUCACGAGAGAGUGAUGCCCCAUUUCACCCAAACCCCCCUCUCCUACCUCACGCUGCCCACCAUCAAGAACUCAUACAAGGCCUUCACCAUUAAGAUCAACUUCCGCCCUGACAGUGCUGACGGUGUUAUGUUGUAUGCCGGGAUGAUCAUCUAUAACGGACAGAAGAGGACCACGGGUGCAGACUUUGUCUCCCUGGGCCUGGUGGGUGGCAGGCCUGAGUUUAGGUUCGACGUGGGUUCAGGCAUGGCCACCAUCCGUUACCCCACACCCAUCAAACUGGGCGAGUUCCACACAGUGGAGCUCCACCGCAACCUGACCACGGGGUCCAUCAUGGUAGACGGGGACACGCCUGUCAACGGCAGCUCUCAGGGUAAAUUCCAAGGGCUGGAUCUGAACGAAGACCUGUUUAUAGGUGGCUACCCCAACUACACCGUCAUCACCAAAACAACUGGCCUCAAGACUGGCUUUGUGGGAUGCAUCCGUCAGCUGAUUAUCCAAGGAGAGGAGGUGAUUUUCAAAGAUCUGGACCGAAGCUCCACAGGGGUCUCAAACUGCCCUUCAUGCAGAGAUUACCCUUGCCAGAACGGAGGCAGGUGCCAGGACUCAGACACCAGCAUUUACAAAUGCAGCUGCGCCAGGGGCUACACUGGAAGCAACUGCGAGCACCACUCCUCCCUGCACUGCCACUCAGAGGCCUGCGGAGCAGACGCCACCUGCAUAAACCGGCCGAGCGGCCUGGGGUAUGACUGCCGCUGUCACCUGGGCAAGUCCGGAGACAAGUGCAUGCAAGGCAUCUUGGUGACCACGCCUCAUUUCGAUGGCGAGGACUCGUACAUCGCCUACCCUCCCCUCACCAACAUCCACAAUGACCUGCGGGUGGAGAUAGAGUUCAAGCCGCUGGAUCCGGACGGCCUGAUGUUCUUCAGCGGGGGGAAGAAGAUGAAGGUGGAAGACUUUGUCGCCGUGUCCAUGGUGGACGGACACGUGGAGUUCCGCUACGAGCUGGGCACAGGCAUGGCUGUCUUGCGGAGCUGGGAGCCCGUCACCCUCAGACAGUGGCACCGCGUGGUUGCCGAGCGCCUCAACAAGGACGGCUCCCUGAAGGUGGACCAGGCCCAGGAGGUCAGGAGGUCGUCGCCAGGGAAGGCCCAGGGCUUGAACAUCCACACUCCCAUGUACCUUGGCGGAGUCCCCAGCAUGGACAUCCUGCCCAAACCUGCCAACGUCAGCAUGCUGUUCGAGGGCUGUGUGGGCGAGGUGUCUAUCAAUGGGAAGAAGGUUGACCUGUCGUACAGUUUCAUGGAGAGCAGGGCCAUCUUGCAGUGCGUGGACAACAGCCCAUGUGACCGCCGGCCCUGUCUGAAUGGAGGCAGCUGCAUGUCCAAUGCUGAGUAUGAGUACCAGUGUCUGUGCCAGGAUGGGUUCGAGGGUGAGCGGUGUGAGGUGGUGAAGGAUGUCUGCCACGUGGAUGCCGAGUGCCAAAACGGGGGCAGAUGUGCCAGUGGCCAGUGCGUGUGUCCCGGCGGAUACAGUGGUCUGCACUGUGAGGCCGCAUACGCAGGGCAGGCUCCCACCAUCCUUGACACCCUGUGGAACAUGGAGGGUAGCGGGGGGAAUGAUGCUCCUGCUCAGUAUGCAGCCUAUUUCCAUGACGAUGGAUACCUGGUUCUACCCAAGCCAGUCUUCCCCAGAAGUUCCCCUGACGCCCCUGAGACCAUUGAGCUGGAGAUCCGCACCACCACUUCAGAGGGCUUGAUAUUAUGGCAAGGAGUGGAGUCCAGUGGCACUUUCCGCAAGCUGCAUGCUAGUAAAAAGGAACUUGGAGAAGAAGGAAAAGGGAAAGACUUCAUAAGUCUAGGUUUACAAAGUGGACAGCUGGUUUUCAGUUACCAGCUGGGCAGCGGGGAGGCGGAGAUUAUCUUUGAAGAACCAAUCAAUGACGGGAAGUGGCAUAAGGUUACAGCAGUGAGGACUGGUAAACUGGGUUAUGUCCAGGUUGAUGGAGGACCCAUUAGCAGAGGACAUUCUCAAGGCAAAAGCGUCAUGGUGAACACCAAAGGCAACGUAUUCCUGGGCGGAGCUCCCGACAUGGCGGCGCUGACGGGAGGCAAGUUCUCCUCGGGCAUGACGGGCUGCGUGAAGAACCUGGCGCUGACCAACACCAGGCCAGGCGAGCAGCCGGCCCGGCCCAUCGACCUGCAGGCCCACGCCCAGGAGGGCAUCAACGUGGAGCGCUGUUCCUCAUAAAGCAGCCAGCGGAGACGACGACGACGACAGCCCACUGACUCUGGAGAAUAAACACCACAACACUCACUCAUACACUCACAGACACUCACGCGCACACCCAUACAUACCCAUACAAACUCACGGUGCUUUGCUGCUACCAAAAAAUUGAGAAACGGAUUGUCUUUGCUCUGCACUGCAUUAAACCAAAAAGAAAGAAAAAAGAAAUUAUAUUAACAAGUCUUCAAAAACAAUCAGUGUUGUAUCAUCAAUGAAGGACUAUUACUACAGGAGCUCCAGUUCAGUUUACAUACAUCAAAGCAGUAGCUUUUAGUCAUAAAGAGAAAAGAAAAAUUAGCUCUUCUACUACAGGGGAGAUCCUUAGGAGUUGGAGAUGUUUUUACAGCACUGAAUUUUAUUUAUAUACAUAUAAAUAAAUAUAUAAAUAUAUAUAUAUAUAUUUGUGGGGGGGGGGGGAGAAUUACAAACUAACCAUAACCUGCUCCUCCUGGAUUUGAUUCUGGGUUGUAAUACUGUGUGUCCCAGGCUUUGUGGCCUAGUCGUGUUAAUACUUGAAGACAUUUAGGCCUUCUCGCCUCAUCAUUUUCGGUAGCUUUUCUGGACACCAUUUGGACGAGCAUGCUCUGCUUUUCUUAAAAGUGGCUUUCGGGGGGACAGGGAAUUGGCAGGGGCAAAAAGAGCAACAUCUUCGUCUCAGGUGAGGAAAUAAAGUACUUUAAGAGAACACACUUUAAAGUACCAGUGCUUUUGUUUUUGCCAAACCACUUGUUUUUUUUACUUAGGGAAUGUUUCACCUGUCAUAUGCAGUCGCUCUAUGCGUUUGGUGUCAGAAAUAUGAUUAAAUGAACAAAUGGUGCUAAUGUCAAGUGUUUAUCAAGAAUUACCCUAUUACAAAGUCACUUUUCUGUUUUUUUUUCUGUGAUACAACUACUCAUCUGUAGAUAUGCUGUGCAUUUUUGAUCACAUAUUUUUCACACAAAACCUAUUCUCCAUGUCCAACAUCCCAGCCCCAGCCCCACCUCCAUAUCCAAGCACCCAGCCUCACCCCCCCCCCCCCAACCACGGCAAUCCCACAAGAUGGCAUUGUAAUUAUUGCUUUGGCAGAAAUGGAUGAAUUUUGGAAGGUUGUUCCUAUUUGAUUUGCAUGACGAGGACACGUGUAUUUCUAUGACUAUCACACAGAGUUCCCUUGGAUUUCUGCCCAGUGUUCAAAAACACUGUAUCUAAUCGAGUGGAUUCUGAAGACACAUAAUCGGUGUAAAGAACAUGUUUUUAAAACCAGUCCACAAUAUUGCCAAAAAAUAAAUAAUAUAACUUGCUCGGUCACAAUCACGCCUAUCUGCUAGUCAGGUAACUUUGUUGAUCAUAGUCUUUAUAUUUUGUCUACUUUUAUAUGUGGUAGUGCCUUGUUUUUGUACAUUUGACCCCAUCCACCCCAAAAAUGUCCCCUUGCUUCCCUGAUCCUGCACAGUUUUCUUCUUUUUUACACAAGGUUCUAGCUACAGAGAGCAGCUGUCUUUCACUCAGAAACCUCAGGAGGGUCUAUGCAGAAACCUGCCUCAAAUGAAACCUUUUUGUGUUCAGGGUCACUCGUCUUACCUUCACAUCCGUGACAUGGGACAGGUCCUAUCGACGGCAGUUGGUGACAUUUGUGGUGUAAUAAAAUGUAGAACAAGAGAGCAUCUCAGUGAAAGUGAAGCCAUGUAAGAUUGGUGUAGAGUAGACUCUUGUGGGCUGUGUUUAGAGUGGAAUAAAGGCAAACCCACUGAUAUGGGUUAGCUUUAACAAUCACGCGGCGGUUCCAUUUGAGGUUCAAUCUGCUUUAGGUCUUUUCUUAUUAUUGUUACUGUUCAAAAUGAGCACUACCAAUUUGCAUAACAAUGCUUCCUUUUAAUUUAUUUUUAUUUUUUAAUGUUACUUCUUGGCUCGUUUCUGAUGUUGUAAAGCCAUAAAAGUUCACCUGUUUUCCUUUGGUUAUUAUAUUAGUUUAAAGCCCCCCACUCCUUAAGCUUAAUUUUUAAUGCUGAAUCUCCAAGAGAGAUAAGUAAGUUGCAACCCCUGCCCCCUCAACUAAUAUUUGCCUCUCACCCAAAAACCUGUUCUCCCUGAGUUUGUUGUAUCUUAGGAAAUGCUGUUACAGUUUGAAACUCUUAAACACCCAUCAACGACGGAAAAGUGUUGUUUUUUUGUUUUGUUUUUUUUAGAAUACCCUUUUGAUUUUUUUUUUUUGUAUAAUAUGAGUAAAACAGAUUCUACUGAACAGCCUGUUCACUUUGUUUUGUUAUCGUACUGGACACGUUUGUGUGUCAUUCGACCGUUAUCACGGAAAAACUGUGUUGCCUUUGGCACCUGCUGAAACACUUUAAGAAGAGAUAUUUCACUAGGAUGUGUAGCUGGGAGUCAUAACAUUUGGGCCCUGCCUUGGAAUUUAGAAGAACACGGAGUCCAUUUUGUGUGGCUCAGCUGUCGUAUUUUACAUAUGUUACAUCAGACCAGCAAUAAAGCAUUCAUUCUGCACCAGUAGAGCAGGACACAUUCUCUACUGUACACGGGCACUCAGACCCGAAAACUGCACAAGUCCUACUAGCAUUCCAUAUGAUAGAAGCCUUCUGUCAGGGACUGUGCAUGUUCAAUCAUAAAAGCAAAUAUAAAGUGAUUAUUGUUAUGGAAUUGCUUAAAUGGAAAAAAAGUAAUCUUUUAAAAGGGGAAUGUUGCCACUUUUCAAUUUAAAUAUCUUACUUGUUCUUAUAUUAUUUGAAAAUAUAUAUGUUUGUUUUAAGUGUUUAUUUUUGAGCUUUUGAAUAAAGCCAAAGGGGAAGAAUCAAGGCACAAACAGUAGAGUUCCUGUGGCUUAACCCAGCUUACAUUCUAAAAAUGGAAUGGCAGCACUGAAUCACAUUUUAUGUGCCGUUCUCUUCUGUCUGAAGAACCUACCCUUACCCUACCCAUCUGAAGAACUUACCCUACCCCAACCCCCAACUGAUAGCCCCUCCACUGACACCCCCACCCUUACCAUUCCCCAAACGCUGACACCCCCACCCUUACCAGGUCCACACCCCACCCGGACCAUAUCCCAAAUCUUGAUGCCGCAACCUUACCAUUACCCCACCCUGACCCCCACCCUUUACCAUUUAUAUUUUUUGGAUAUGUUGUAUUUCAUCCCUCGACUUCAGGAUAUAAAAUGCAGGAUAUCAUAUCCGCUUUUCUGAGGCCAUGCUUAGCCAGAAAGGACACACCAACUUACCAUCUCACAAGGUAUUGCAACAUCAUGCACUUUGUCAAUAACAUGUUUUGUAGAAAUCCUCUUAAUACAGAACAAUGCUACUGCCUUCUCUUUUGUGGGUUGGGUAAAGCUAUUUGUUUUCUAUGUCUGUUAAAAACUAGCAUUCAGCCUUGAUCUGUGGAAGUGUUGCAUGAACAAUCAAGGUCUUUUGAAACAUGGAAUAAAACUUAUCAUUUUUACAAACCCA